AUGAAGGUUCUCAUUGUUCUAAACUUCGCCACUGAUAAGCCUUGGGGCCAGUUGUCCGUGGAGUCAUUCACUGAUAACAUCCGAAGCCAUGCCCCAGAUGCCGAAAUCAGCGUCUGUCGCCUGGCAAGUGGCGAGGACUUGACCAACUCAUCUCAGUACGACUUGAUAGUUCUAAGUGGAGGUACAUUUAACCUCAUUUCCGACGUGCCAUUGCCCUGGGUAGAACAGGCCCUGGCAUUGAUUCGCCGGACUGCCAAGGACAGCAACGGGACCAAACUAUUGGGUUUCUGCUGGGGUCACCAGGCUAUCCAGUUUGCGCUUGGGGGAAAGUUGGACGUUUUGAACAAGUCGAAUAUAGGUGUCGAGACUAUAACCCUCAACGCUGAAGGCCAAAAUUUCUUCGAUGGACGGAGUUCUUUGAAAAUGCACAAAUACCACAAACGUGUAGUGUCUGAAGCCGCACUAGGCUUCAAGCUACUUGGAAGCAACAAUGAAAUUCUGCUUAGCGAGAGCGGGAAUAUUAUGACCUUCCAAGGGCACCCGGAGCUUACAUCAGAGAUAUCGCGAAAUUUACUCGACUCAGAUGACGGCAGCUAUGUAGACAAUAGCACAAUUUCGAGCAUCACCACUCCCCACGAUGGAUUGUAUAUUUGGGGUCGGCUGAUGAAAUUCGUAAUCAGUCCCUAG